AUGUCUAGAGUAAGAAUGCUAGGGAUAUUAACAAUUUUCCUGUGUGCCUUAGUGUUACAAGUCUCAUGUCUCGAAUGUUAUGUGUGCGAAAAUCAGGAAGAUAAUUCAGAGAAAUGUGUUAAAAGUAUUAAAACCUGUGAUUUCAAUCAAGAUGUAUGUUUGACCGAAAUUAAAUGGGGAAGUACGCCGUAUUGGUCACAAGGUACUAAAAAGCAGUAUUAUAUAUCGAAAAGAUGUUCCAACAAGACAGAAUGUGCAACAAACCGACAGCGCUAUAUGCCUCUGUGUACUUAUAUAUGGUAUCAAGACUGGGUAUGUGGAGACUGCUGCCAAGGUGACCGUUGUAACUACUACAUCAUUAUCUGCCAUAGUUUUUACAAUCCUAUCGAUAGCGGCGCUGUACAAAUUACACAGAGCAAUUUAGAUAUGGUACUUGCUUCCAAUGAGAUUGUUUUUAUAAAUUUUUAUGCUGAAUGGUGUAAGUUCAGUAAUAUAUUGAUGCCCAUUUUUGAUGAUGCGGCUGUUGAAGUAGCUAAAGCAGGAUAUGACCCUGGAAAGGUUGUUAUGGGUAAAGUAGAUUGUGACCAAGAAGGUGCUAUUGCUACAAGGUUUCAUAUUACCAAAUAUCCCACUUUGAAACUGUUCCGGAAUGGGUUUCCAGCUAAGAAAGAAUAUAGAGGUCAAAGAUCAGUUGAGGCCUUCGCUGAGUUUAUUAAGAAGCAGUUGACGGACCCAAUUGUUCAGUUUGGUUCCUUGAAAGAGUUGCAUGAUUUGAGUGAAGAUAAAAGGCAUAUAAUUGGUUAUAUGGAUAGACGGGAUCAGCCAGAGUAUGAAGUGUUAAGAAAAGUAGCAGCCAGUUUGAAGGACGAGUGUUUAUUCCACGCAGGAUUUGGAGACGCCUCCCAACAGAUGCAUCCUCCGGGUCAGCCGAUCAUUGUAUUCAGGACUGAUAAGAGAACCUCCAUUGAACCCGAUGAAACCUAUCACGGUUCUAUGCUCAACUUUGAUGAGCUAUACACUUGGGUACAACAGAAGUGUAUACCGAUUGUACGUGAAAUAACAUUUGAAAAUGCUGAAGAACUAACAGAAGAAGGACUGCCGUUCCUCAUCUUGUUCCAUCACCCAUCCGACACUGAGAGUGUUAAGAAAUACAAAGAAAUUAUUAUGAAUGAAUUGGAAUCGGAAAAACAAAACAUUAACUUUUUGACUGCUGAUGGUGUUCGUUUUGAACAUCCUCUUCAUCACCUCGGGAAGUCUGUGAGCGAUCUGCCUUUGAUUGCUAUAGAUUCAUUCAGGCACAUGUAUCUGUUUCCCAAAUACAGUGAUAUGGAAAAGCCGGGAAAACUCAAACAGUUCUUACAAGAUUUGUAUUCAGGAAAAUUACACAGGGAAUUCCACUAUGGUACCGAAGCUCCUGCGAGUGACAAUGAUAUCAAAGUAACCACACCUCCCGAGUCUACAUUUAAGAAACUAGCGCCAUCUAAGAACAGAUACACUCUACUAAGAGAUGAGUUAUAA